AUUUUUGUUACUUUAUUCUCUUUCCCUAUUAAUAUCUAUAGCAUAGUCGAUACAUACAUAAUAUUUUGUGUAUAUACUUGCAUAAUUUUUAGAAUUAAUUAAGCAUGCUAUUCCUAUCUUUUAGGUCUAAUUUCGAGUCAAUUUUGAGAAUCAUAUACAAAUCUCAAAGCAAAUUGAUAUUUGUAUACAAUCUUUCAUUUGUCCAUUUAGCUAUUAAAUUGUAGCUGUAUUUUUAAUUAGACAAAUUUUAGCUUUAACACGUUAUUCACUGCUUAAAUAUCUAGUAAUUAUUUCUGAAAUUUUACAGAAAGAAACCAUAAUUUUGAGAAGUUCGGGACGUGUUUUUAAGCUAAAAUAUAAAAUAAGAAUAAGUCAAAAUUGAUAAAAACACAUUUGUCUGGAGAAUUUCGUCGAACACCCAACUUCCCUCCCUAGUCACCACGUAGCACUGUCUAAAAUCCACGUGUCCCCGAACCAAAUUCUCAUAUACCCGCCAUCCCCCACAACCUCCCGCCACCGCCACCGCCGCUCGCCGCCGCAAUGUACCGUUUCAAACAAUCUCUUCACUUCUUCAAAAAACCCAAUUCAACUAUCAGACGCUUCUCCAAUCUCCAAAAUGCCGGGCCAAUGGCUUCCCAACUCAAGACCCGAUCCGUUAUCCGUUUCACCGGACCCGAAACCGUUAAAUUCCUCCAAGGUCUUGUUACCAAUGAUGUACGGAGGUUAAUCAAUUCACAACCCGAAGAUAGGACAAAUUUGACUGCUACGAAUGUCCCGUUUGUUUCGGUUCCGCCGGUUUAUGCUGCUUUAUUGACUCCUCAAGGAAGGUUUUUGUUUGAUAUGUUUCUGUAUAGGCCGGCUAAGGGUGUUGAGAUGCUUGAUAAGGAUGGGUCUGGACCAGGAGCGGAGAAUGAGGAGGUGGAAGUGUUUGCUGAUGUUGAUGGAAGUGAAUUGGAUGAGCUAAUGCAGACGCUGAAAAAGUAUCGGUUGAGGUCUAAGGUUGAUAUAGAGAGUGUGGCUGAUGAUUUCUCUUGCUGGCAGAGGUUUGGCCAAGAUUUAGCUCAGAAGUCCUCUGAAGAGCCAGAUACUGCCUCCCUUGGAUGGGGUGGUGGGUUUGAUCCCUCUGGCCAGUCAUCUUCACAAGGAAACAAUCGUGGAUGGCUAUGGCACAGAGAUCCCAGAUUAGAUUGCCUUGGAUUUAGGGGCAUUUUUCCAUCCAACACAACUCCACCUUUGGUUGAGGCAGACAAAGAGACGAAUGAAGAGAAUUAUCUUCUGUGGAGGUUGGAGAAGGGAGUUGCAGAAGGCUCAGCUGAGAUUCCUAAAGGUGAAGCUGUGCCGCUUGAGUACAAUCUUGCUGGUUUAAAUGGAAUAAGCUUUGAUAAAGGAUGCUAUGUGGGCCAAGAACUCAUUGCUCGCACACAUCAUCGUGGGGUCAUUCGCAAAAGGUUGCUUCCCCUCAAGUUUGUGAGUGACAGUGGAAAAGAGGCGGAACAAAAAGUGGCUCCGAAGUCUGAAGUAAUUGAUGCAUCAUCUGGAAAGAAAGCAGGAACUGUCACGACUGCCCUUGGAAGCCGCGGUUUGGGUCUUCUGCGCUUGGAUGACGCCUUUAAAGGCUCGUUAACAGUACGAGGUCUGGAUGAUGUCAAGGUCCAGGCAAUUAAACCAGAUUGGUGGCCUGCUGAAUGGUUAUCAGAUCAACAAGAACAGACCGCAGCUGCAUAGAGUGAUCCUAUUUAUUGACUGCUCACAUCCUGCCAGAGUUGGCAAAAUACUUCUUCCAACUCUCAGAGUUCCGCCUUUUGCAGAUCAGUUCUUAGAUACGUAAAGCGUAAAGGAAUAAGACUGCUCGUCAAACGAGAGAAUUUUGUUAAGGCAGUUGAUGUUUUGUUGUACAAAUGUAUUCUGUUCUUGACGUAAUAAUCGAAAUGCCGACCUUGAAAUCA